GGACUGCCGGUGUGGUGGUGCGGCUGGAUCUGGGAGCUUUGAGGGAGCGAGCGGUGGAUGGACUGGAGGCCGCCUCCCGCACCGUCUUCUCCGGCCCCCGCCCUGUAGACCGCAUCCGCUCCGCCGCCUGCCGACUGCUGUCCGCCCGCACCGCCUCGCUGGGCGGGCGCGCGCACUGCUGCCGGCUGGCGGCCCUGGCUCGGCAGCUGGCGGGGGAGCUGCCGGCGGAGUGCUUCGACCCCAGCAGGCUGGUGGGGCUGCUGCGCAUGCUGGAUUCCGAGCGUACGAACAACAUCAUGCACGUCUUCAAGAAGCCGCUGCCCACCCGCUCAGCGGGUGCGGGGCUGGAGGGGGAACCCGUGAUAACCCUGGUGACGCUCAAUGUGGGCAGGCUGCUGGACGAGGCGGGGGUGCGGAAACUGGAUCCAGCAGCACCCGCAUCGGCAUCAACACCAGCACCAUCGUCAUCAUCAUCAGCAGCAGUCGCAGCUGGGCCACUAGCGGUGAUCAUAGAGCCCAGUAGGGGGGCUGGCAUGGGCGGCGGAGGCGGAGGCGGCGGCAGCAGUCGUACUGAGGGCAGCUGGCGGGCGACGCUGCCUGAAUCCACGUCAGCGUCAUCGGCGGCGGCGGCGACUCGGUCGGCUCGUCAGGCGGCUGCGGCGUCGGCGGCGGCUGCCUUGCUGUCUGAGGGCCCUGCGGACGUCACCGACCCCCCCUCCUCCCUCUCCCUCCACUCCUCCUCCACCAGCCACACCACACGCAGAGCCACCGCUACCUCCUCCGCUGCUGCUGCCGCUGCACAGCUGCCGGCAUCACCUGAGGGCGGCCACCCAACAUGGGAACCUACCACCGCCACCACCACCACCAUCACCACAACCCCCGGUAAAAGCGGUAGCAACCCUGCUGCUGCAGCUUCAGCUUCCCGCAGCAGCAACAACAGCGGUAACAGCGGCGGCGGGCCCCCUGCUCCCCCUCGUCCUGCUCUGCCCCAGCGGCCGGCUGCCGGCAACUGCCCGUUCUACAUGCGGCAUGGCACGUGUGGGUUCGGCGCCGGCUGCAAAUACCACCACCCGCCUCUGCACGAGGAUGGUCAUGAUAAACAGCAGCAGCAGCAGCAGCUACAAGGAGGGCACCCGCAAAAGCAGCAGCAGCAGCAGCAGCAGACGUCUUCGGCUGCAACUGCGGCAGCAGCGGCGGCCAUUGCAGCGGCCAAUGCGGCUGCGUCUUCCGCUGCUGCCGCUGCCGCUGCUCGCAGGCAGUCCUCGGACUCUCUAGACCUGCCGCACCUCCGCCCCCAGCAACGCCCGACCCAACCCGCACAACAACAACACCUACCCCAGCAACAACAGCAGCAGCAACAGCAGCAGCAGCAGCAGCAGCCCCACAGCCUCAUCUACCACCACCAACGGGCCGAGCCGCACCCCUCCCACCCGUCUCAGCCUAACACCUCAUCCGCCGCCUCCACCACCCACCUCCCUCCCUCCCCGUCACCCCUCCUCUUCCCCUCCUCUCCUCCUCCUCCUCAACCCCCCAGCUGCUCCCCGAGCGGUUUGAAGUACGACACGUCGUCACCGCUUGCACUCCCGAUCACCUAGACAUGCUACAACACUGCUACGCGGCGGCGCAGGUCGCCAUCGCAUGCAAACUGCCGUACAACCACCACCUUAACCACCACUACCCACAGCAGCAACAGCAACAGGAGGCACAGGCGCCGUGUCUGGUGCAGCUCUACGCGCCGGCGGUGUCAACGACGACGACGGCUGCGGCGGCGGGAACAGGAGCAGCAGCGGCGGCAACAACGAGAGGGGUCAGCGGCGGCGGCAGCGGUGCUAACGCCAGCGGAGGAAGUGGAGGAGGGGGAGGCGGGGGGCGUUGGCCUGCCACGGUGUAUCUGGUCGACCCGGGUGCAGGGGGAGGAGGUGGCGGGCGAGGGGCGCUGCUGCUGGCUAGCCUCGGAGCCCUGCUGGAGGACCCCGCCGUAUCCAAGCUGGUGUACUGCAGUGCCGAUGUCGUACCGCACCUCGUACGGAGCUGCGGCGUCGCCCGGAUCGCGCCGCUGUACGACAUAGCCGUACUGCACAACAUGCUGGCAGUGAUGACGGCGGUGGCGGCGGUGACGGCGGCGGCGGCGGCAGGG